GUGCAAUAAAGAUUCAACUUUGAACUUUUGGUUUACGGUGCAUGAUGGGAUGUAAUUUUAACCUUUCAACUUUGACCUACAGCAGCUGAAGGACGAGCUAACGAUGGAUCCAGCACAAUUUCAGGCAAAUUUACGAAAUUUGCGGGAUUUCCUGGCAGUGUAUAACCGGCUCACAGAACACUGCUUCAGCAGAUGUGUGUCCAACAUGAACUACAGGUACCUCACAAGGGAAGAGGAAGUGUGCCUGGAUGGUUGCUCUGGGAAGUUGAUCAAUGCCAACCACAGAAUCAUACAGAAAUUUGCCGAGAUCGGACCUUACGCUAAACUCCAGCAGGAACAGGAGAGGGCAGCUGCACAGGCUGCAGCCGAAGCAGCUGCACAAGCAGGUGCAGCAGGUGCACAGGACAUUCCUACACCAGCAGGUGUUCCGGGUCUUCCACAGGCAAUGCCAGGUGUUGAUUCACAGCUGCAAACAGGUGCGGCACCUGUCCCAGACUCAGGUGUGACAGCAACACAGGUGCUAGGUGCAAUGGCAGGACAACCUGCAGCUGUUCCACCUGUGCCAGGUGCUGUUGCAGCUGCAUCAAUAGAGAUACCUGGAAGUGCUGGACCACAGGGACUUGCUACAAAUGUGACACAGCAACAAAGUACAACAUAGUUAAAGCAUCAUUGCUAAAUUUUAGGCGUUAAAAUUAUAUUCAAUGAAAUCAACUGUUAGAAUUGAAAUCUGUUGUUGUCAGUGAUUCCAGAACUAACUGGAAUAAAAGCAAUGUUAAUUUGUGCUUUUCACUGUUCAGUCUAUAUAAAUCUCUCUGAUGUUUAGUGUAUCACCAUCAAUAUUUGUACAGUGUGCUCUACUGUACUGUAUAGAUAGCAUUUUGUAAGUUCAAUUGGCAAUAUAAAGUCUAUGGUAUGUUUGGUGUGAUACACCGGUGUGUAGCCAUAUACAUUCCUGUUCAAUAAAUUGCUACCAUCUAUCAGUAUAGAUCAU